AUGGCCGUCGGUACCAAUACUAAACUCGACUUCACUGAGUUCUUCAACGUCAUCGAUGGAAAGCUCGAGACAACCAAGGAGACUGCCCGGGGUGUCAAUCCCUCAACUCUCGAGAAGAUGCCCUCAGUUCCGGUUUCGACUCCAGAAGAUGUCGACAGGGCUGUUCAGGCGGCUAAGAGGGUCUCUGGAGCCUGGGCCGAUGUUCCGUACAAAGAGCGACAGGCCAUAGUGGCCAAGUUUGCGGAUGGCAUUGCCUCGAUCCAGGAGGAUCUUACAGUCCUGUUAACCAAGAAACAAGGAAAAGCUCUGCAACUGGCACACGUGGAAAUUGGCAUGGCCAUUCAGUUCCUCCAGGGAUAUGCACAGCUGGCUGACCCGGAAGAGGUGAUUGAGGAUAAGCCUGGUCGUAGAGUCGUCACCAAAUACGUCCCCCUUGGCGUUGCGGUCGGUAUUGUCCCUUGGAACUCCCCUGUCUUUCUAGGUAAGGUUUACGGGAUCUACAGCAACUGGAGUGAAGGUCCUGCAGAGCGCUGCUGGAACUCAAGCGUGGGAGGUAAUGAUCCGGCGAUUGUCUGCAGUGAUGUUAAUUUGAAGAAAGUUGCUCCAAAGUUUGCCAUGGCGGCUCUGGCGAACUCCGGUCAACUCUGCAUCGCCAUAAAGCGCAUCUAUGUCCACGAGUCCAUAUAUGACGGCUUGUUGGAAGCAAUAGCUGUAACGGUGAAGAGUCUUCCUGUUGGUGAUGGCCUGGAGAGUAGCACACUUAUGGGUCCCGUUCAGAACCACCUGCAGUUUGAUAGAGUGAAGAGCUUACUCGCAGAUAUUCAAUCGCACAACCUCAAGCUUGCAGCUGGAUCAAUCAGACCGUCAGACGCGGGAAAAGAAUACUUCAUCACUCCUACCGUUGUCGACAACCCUCCAGAUGCCUCUAGGAUUGUAGUAGAGGAGCCAUUCGGCCCUGUCUUCCCUGUGCUGAAGUGGAAGGACGAGGAUGAGGUCCUUAGACGUGCUAAUGAUAUCCCUAUGGGUCUUGGUGCCUCGAUUUGGACUCCAGACUUGGUGAAAGCAGAGAGGCUGGCCGCGAAGCUCAAGGCAGGAACAGGCGGUAUUGGUGCUGAGCAUGACCUUGAGGGGAUCAAGUCAUACUGUAACACCAAGUCUGUGUUUGUUAAUGCAGCAUGA